UUGGGCGGCACUGUUGUCCGCAAUGGCGAGACAACGAUACACGAGACCAAAGUUAUUGGCACUUAUAUCGAUGGCAAAUACGCGCAGAUUUUGCAAAGUACUGCUCGAGUGGAGGUACCUAUCGUUCAGACACCACAUAUCCGGCCCACACAGACAUCCAAAGUGAGCGGUCCCUCCAUUUUUGUCGAGUCCCCACUCAAGAAGGCCUACGUUAUGGCCAGAGAAGAGACAACUACUGAACCAAAAGCAGCGGAAUUAGACGACAACGGAAUCCAGAGUUAUAGAAAACCGGAACCGCGAAGACUUCACCCGCGACUGGCGUUGAAUCCUUUGAGGUCGCGAUGGACUCAAUCCAAUCUACAGAAGAGCGAUAAGAGCCAACCCGACGGCACGACUAAUGCAAAUAAGAUCACGAAAGCCCGACUCGGCACACGUCGGUUCUCUCAUCCUCCCAGAGCUUCGCCCAAAGUA